AUGCAACGAAAAGCUUCGCAUAGACAUUUAACGCUCGUACAAUCCAAAGUUGGGUUAUCGCAAAAGCCACAUCCCAACAUCCAGGAUCAGCUUGACCUAAUCCGGAAACAACAACAGGAAGCGGCACUUCCAACUCCCGAAGCGCCCCAAACCGUUGGCGAGGAUUUCACAAAUCCAGAACUCUUUUCCAUCGAACCAAACCUCGAUUAA